AUGGUCUCUCCAGAACAGGUAAUAAGGAAUAUCAACACGUAUGCCAGGACAAAAACUAUUGCCCAAGGCUUUCUGGACAUAGCCUUAUUUACUGCAAAUGCAUCACAAAUGAAACAUCUCCUGGAACAAGGUUCAGGAAUUCGGUUUUACUAUUUCCUUUUGGUUCUGUUGUGCAUCUCCAUCAUACUUCAGUUGAUUGUUGCAGCCCUGUUAAUUUAUAAAGGAUCAAAGAACAUAGAAUGUGAUGAUCCUGAGCGCCGGCUCAGUGACAGUCUCUAUGAAAUGGAAAAUCGAGGGAUCACCAGUAUUCUCUAUUACCUGAUGCUAAACGCGCCGCUUUUGCUCUGUGUUAACGCAAAAUUUCUUGAAGUCCCCCAGGAUGUGAUUGCGAAAGAGGGGGAUGAUAUUGAGAUGUCUUGUGCCUUCCGGGCCAGCGGGACCACCUCGUACUCUCUGGAGAUCCAGUGGUGGUAUCUAAAGGAGGCAGCCAGAGAGCUGGCACAUGGGCUAACACUCGGCGCCCAGGCCAGUAACAGGGCCAAGGUUACGUUAAAUAAAGAUGCCACCAAAAUAAGCACUGUCCGGGUAAUGGGAAAUGAUAUUUCGCAUAAACUACGCCUCUCCAGUGUGAAGAAGGAAGACGAGGGGGUUUAUGAAUGCAGAGUCACCGACUUUAUUGACGACGAAACUCAGGAACAUAAAGCCCAGGCGACUUUACGGGUGACAGCCCGCUACAGUGCGGAGAUGCAAGCGGCCGAAGCGGUCUCGCACAUUCAGAGUAAUGGGCGCCGCAGGAGCAGCGUGCGCUCCACGCCAGCGACCGGCACAGACAAGCAGCGAGUCGCGGAAACUGCCAGCGACGGAGCGGCAACCUCCUCAAUCACCCCCGCCUCAGUUACUCCACCCCCGGGCAAUGCAGCCAUGAUUGGACAGCACAACUCCGGUGGAAAGCCAACACAGACACUAACAUCAGAUUCUUGA